UAAUUAUGUUUUUUUUUUUAAUGUAAUUUUGGUAUCAUCUGGCCUCUUGUUGUGAGGGAAUGUUCAGAUAGUUGAAUUAAUUGUAAGUAAUUGUCAAGUCAAAUAUAUAUUCUUAAAUCCUUGCCUUCAACCAAAUUUAAAAAUGGUUCUCGACAGAUUAUGGAACAAAUUUGCAUAUAAACACUAAACAAAAAUUUAGUAAAAAUAAAGUAAAAUUUGCUUCCCUACAGACCCCAUCUGCAAUUUUGUGAACUUCCACCCUUUAAAUGUUAAUGGACUCAUCCCAAUAUCAUCCCACUGUUCCUGCGUCAGAAUCGGUCAAACGAGGCCCAAGGGACAAUUGGGGAUUGAUGGGUGUGAUCAAUUGAGCCCUGGCAUUGUACUGACUCUGCUGUAUUUUGUAUUGUCUCGUGACAAUUUUUAAACCAAAUGUCUCCAAUUUAAAGUUGCUCACAUGUCAAUUGAUUGGUUCAUUUCACCUCUUUCCAUUUCUUACGCUUUUAUACUGGUGUGGCUAGAUACUGUAUACCUGCUAGGCCCCUCCCCCUUGAUGAUCAUGUGUAGAUCAAUAUGGAUCCCUGCUCGUUUGAUGUGAGGGGGAACAGCAGGGGAGAACUUUGUGUACAGAAUAAAUAUUGAUACAAACCAAACAAGGGUCCAGUUGAUUCAAGUGAGCAACGAUAACAAACGGCGUUUAACGGGAUUGAACGUGGAGCCUGGAGACGUUGGGAUGCGUGGGCCAUGAGUCACCAGCCUUGAGGCCAAGUCUGAAAGAAGUGGAGAGACUGCCGCACUCAUGUGUGACCGGAAGAGCUCCAGGAGGCACGCUAGCAAGAGAGAGUCGUCAAAGGAGUCCUCGCGCUCCUCGGAAUCUGGCUCGCGCUCCUCGGAAUCUGGCUCGCGCUCCUCGGAAUCCGGCUCGCGCUCCUCGGAAUCCGGCUCGCGUUCAGCGGAGGCGGCGGAGGUGCUCGUAGCCAUCCCUGAUGUGAAGGAAUUUCUUGCCAAAGCCAAAGAAGAUUUUCUAAAGAAAUGGGAGAAUCCAGCACAGCAAACUGCCGGAUUGGACCACUUUGAGCGUAUCAAGACAUUAGGCACCGGCUCCUUUGGCAGAGUCAUGCUGGUCAAGCACAAAGAGUCAGGCCAGCAUUUUGCCAUGAAGAUACUUGACAAACAAAAGGUGGUAAAACUGAAGCAGAUUGAGCACACCCUGAAUGAGAAACGCAUCCUGCAGGCAGUGAACUUUCCCUUCCUCGUGCGACUAGAGCACUCUUUCAAGGACAACAGUAAUCUCUAUAUGAUAAUGGAGUAUGUGCCCGGAGGCGAAAUGUUCUCCCACUUGAGGAGAAUCGGUAGAUUCAGUGAACCACAUGCCCGCUUCUACGCAGCGCAGAUUGUACUGACCUUCGAGUACCUUCAUUCAUUGGAUCUAAUUUACAGAGAUCUAAAGCCAGAGAACCUGCUUAUCGAUCAUCAGGGUUACAUACAGGUUACGGACUUUGGCUUUGCAAAAAGAGUCAAAGGUCGAACCUGGACGCUUUGUGGGACUCCAGAGUAUCUGGCACCAGAGAUCAUUCUCAGUAAAGGCUACAAUAAAGCUGUGGACUGGUGGGCUCUCGGCGUACUCAUAUAUGAGAUGGCUGCUGGCUACCCGCCCUUCUUUGCAGACCAACCCAUCCAAAUAUAUGAGAAGAUUGUAUCAGGGAAGGUUCGCUUCCCCUCUCACUUCUGCUCGGACCUGAAGGACAUGUUAAGAAACCUUCUGCAGGUGGACCUGACGAAGCGCUUUGGCAACCUCAGGAAUGGUGUCAAUGACAUCAAGGGCCACAGGUGGUUCGCUACCACCGACUGGAUCGCCAUCUACCAGAGGAAGGUGGAGGCUCCCUUCAUCCCUAAAUGCAAAGGCCCCGGCGACACCAGCAACUUUGACGACUACGAUGAGGAAGAAAUCCGAGUGUCCAUCACAGAGAAGUGCUCGAAGGAGUUUGCUGAGUUCUAAGUUCCGAUCCAACAAAGUCACAGUUCCGGGAGGGUGUUAUGUGUGUGUGUCUGACGGACUGCUUAUUCGUACUAUUUUUUUGUUUGUUUGUUUGUUUAAUCCCUCGCCUCCAAUUAGAAGAGGCGGAUCAAGCAGCGAGGAAAGAGCCAACAGAACCAGCAGUGUUGCCUUUUUCUCCUUUCUAAUCCCAACUGUUACCUGUUCCCCUAUAAGCGUGUCAUCGCUGACCAGGGUGUCAUCACAUGUUGUUAAGGUACCCAUUCUGCUUCUUUCCCCACUUUUCGCACUCUCGUUCCCGGAGAGGCGACUUGAUUGUCUUGUCAACCUCCAAGCAAUACAGAGUCCAUCAGAUGUGCCUAUUGCAAUGCCAACUGGUUGGAACAUUGGCAGAAUUACUGCGUAUAGCUCUUGGAAUAGAUUUAUUAUCAAUUACAUAUUUUUGUUCGCGUUUUACGUCAGUUUUUGUUGCAGCUUAAUUUUUUGUUUUUUUAAUCCUACUGGAGAUCUUUUUUUUUAAUUGUUUAUUUUUUUGGUGUUCGAGUUAACACUUCUAUUAUAUAAAUUCCUUGAUACAUAUAAAUAACAGUGGAUACAUAAAGUCUUCACACCCCUACGGAACAUCUAAACUAUUUGAUGUUAUUCGCAGGCUGCCAUUGACGGCGACAGACGUCAAACCAUUUUGACUGGGAGGGUCAGCAGCGAUCAUUUUGGGUUAAAAUGGUCUUGACGCCUAUCACCGCCAAUGGCAGUGAGUGAGUGAAUUCUGAACGCAGGUUGUGUAGACUUUUUAUACUACCACUGAUUAUAAAGAGAAACGCAAAAAUAUUUGACGCCCAAUCUUGAAUGAAUUUUCAAAUUUGAUUAGUUAACAUUCACAAAACAUUUACCAUCUAAUAAGUUUAGGAAUGCGCUUUACAACAAGCAGCAUGGUGGGUUAGCGGUUAGCUCUGACAUUCGGGGCUCAAAUCUCUCCUUUGUGUGGGUUUUCUUUGGUUACUCCACAUUCCAAAAAAAUAUGAAUGUUGGGUUCAUAGUCUGUAAAUUGUUCGUAUGGUGUGAAUGGUUGUUUGUAUGUGACCCGCCUGGAUGGAUGUCUGUACAAGAUUUUCAAUGCUUUGGAGUGCAACAGUUAAUGAUGAACAUUUUUUUCAACGUUGUCUUUCAUAGCCCUGAGUGUAUAAAUAAAGACCCGUUCUGCCCAGUUGGCAAACCUGACAACAUCGCAAGGUUUUGUUUAUGGAAUGAAAACAAAAAGAGAAAGCGUAGCAAACUUGUUCAGCAAAUUGUGCCUGUUUUUUUUUUUUUUUUUUUUGUGGGUGCAUUAUCGCUUAAAA